AAGUGACUUUCUUCAUGGUCACAUCUUGUCUUUCCUGUUUCUUACAGGCCCGAGAACACUUGACAAACACUCCAGAACAUGCCCCUACUGGAAAAGCCACACAGCCCAGCUCCACAUACCUGUUCUGCAUGAGGUCUAGGGAAGUGGUUCGCAACUGGGGGUGGGGGGUGACUUUGCCUCCACCCCACCCAGGAACAUUUGGCAAUGUCUGGGACAUUUUUUGGUUGAUAUAGAGGUGCCAUUGGCAUAUAGUGGUAGAGGCCAGGGAUGCUUCUAAAUAUCUUAUAAUGCACAGGCCAACCUCCCUCCACCAAUAAAGAAUUAUCUGGCUCAAAAUGCCAAUAGUUAUUAUCUCCAUAAAAAUUUCAAGUAAAAAAAAUAUCAAGAGCACCACUUUGGGGAGUCCCUGGUCUAGUGCUAUGAUUCUGAUCCCAAACCUGGAAAGACCAACAGAUCCAUAUCAAAGGGUCAUGGACCUGCUGUGGGUCUGUGAAGUAGCUCACAGGUGACAGACACUGCAAGGCACUUAGUGCUAUGGUGAGAUGAGGGUACCAAGCCUGGAAGCUCUGCCCAGUGGACUGGUUUGAUCGGCAGCCUGAAUAGCAGUAGGGAUACCCAUAGCUUUGACCUCUGAGUCACUUACUGGAAGGGCCCUCGGUCACCUCCACUGGAGGGCAGAUGGAGGAACGCGGACUCAGUAGAAAUGUGCAAGAGGCAGCAACAAGCCACAUUCAUGGUCACAGAAGGGCCCUGAACAACAGGUUAGGAAGAUGUACUGGAGGCUGUAAAUAUUCAGGAUUUCAAGGAGGACAUUAAGCAAAUGUUCCAGCUGGACAAGGUGUGGUUGUUGUGCCGACUGCAGGCAAGUCUGGGUCCUAUAGGAAUGAAAGGUGACUCGCUUUACCCGAAGCCCUGGAUGGCAGACACACCCCCGCCUCCCCCCGACUUGCUAUUAUUUUUGAUAUGGCCAAGAUUUUAAACAUCACCAGUUUUCUACAUCACAGGGAAGCUGGUAGAUUUAAUGAAGCCUCCAGAUUCCCCUUGAGAGAUGAUUACAGCUCUAAUUAAAAACGGGGUGACGGACAAGAACCCCAUGGGACUCUCUAAGCAAGUGGCAUUCGCACAUCUUCUUUCAUGGACAAGAUCUUGUUGCUCUUGUCAGGCUGGGCUCUUUCCAGUAAAGUGCCCUCACCUGCACAGACGGCGCCCGCAGACCCCGAGUUUAAUAGGGACCACGGUAAAGGGGAGCCGCUCUGUGGGCCCCACGUGCUCCUGUUUCCCUGGCCACCACGUGAAUUGCAGAGAAAGGCACUCUCAUUCUUCCUCGAUGGGUCAACCACCUCGGGGAACAAGAACAACUAUGAAGCCCGCGCAGCACCAGCUGUCACCUCCGGCAGAGGCUCUGGGGACCUCUGGCCAACCAGGCGCACGCAGAGUGAAGGAGCAGAUCUGGUCCUACCUGUUGCUGACUGCCAGGUUCACUCAGGAGCCGUGCGCUGCCCCCACACACAUUGCGUUUGGGUUGCAAAGGAGCGAGAUGCACGUUGGAGAGCGGGGAGUGCGUCCAGGCCAGCAGACGUCUGAAGGCUGCAGAGGAAGACGCCAGAAGUGUCCACUGGAUGCAAGACCGGGGUCGGUCAGUUGGGUCAGUUUGGGGGCCCUUGUCGCUCAGCUCCUUUGGGGGUCGCAGGGCUCCCGGAGCAGAUGGGUCCUGCAUGAAGGGAGCGAGUCACGGCUGCAUGCUGUCCACCCGGGGGCCAUCACUCGAGCCUGGAGCCCGGCCACCUCUCAGCCUGGUCUUCAUCUUGGGCUAACCCGUCGCACCCUGGAAACAGACAAGACAGAGGAGGAUGCGUUAACUCGGCUGCUCCCCGCAGAGCGCAGCUCGCCAUUGCAGCGCUGAUUA